AUGCCAGUCGCGUAUCUGAAACGAAAGGCGAAGAUGGAGUCAAAUCCCAUCAUCGUACUAGCUAGCGAACCUGAGCAUGACCCAGAGAACCCGACCGUUCACUUGGGUGUCUGUUGUGAUGGCCCCGGAUGUUCCUUUGGUCAAUCCUACAUCAAGGGUAUCCGGUACAAGUGUGUUGUAUGCGAAAAUACUGACUUUUGUGAAAAUUGUUUUGAUAACGAGAACAACAAGCACAGCCGAUCUCACGCCAUGCUACGUUGUAUUACGGUGUCUGUUUCUCUGGAGAAGCAAGAUCAUGGCAAAACAAAAGAAGCGCUGCCUGCCGGGACCAUUCAGACUGUCACAACAGACCAAACAAAACCCCAGUUGCACGAACAAUCGGAAAAUAAUGAAGAAGUUAACAUCGAUCCCUCUUCCGCAAGCCGCACCCAAGUUCAGACUAUCGGAGAGGUCCCACCUGGACCAACUAUUGCAGAGUAUGUAACCAAAAAGGGUGGUGGUGUUGAAAAGCAUUUCCGUCCAAUUCAUCCGCCUGGUACCGCGAAAAUGGAAGGGCAACAGAAACCGGAGAAAGGCGUGAUUUUCCAGAAUCUCCUGACUCUGGAUGGCCUUAUCACGCUGGAGAAGUACAACUACAGUGCGAAACCUCAAUUUUACGAGCUACUCGCGGACGGGCAACGCGCGUCCCGUGUUAUAGACCUGGCUCCAGGCACUGGGCCAGAUAGGUUGAAGUGCACUAUCAGUGUAAUCAAUCUCAACGAGCCACCAGAAUAUGAGGCCCUGUCGUACACAUGGUAUCGGACGCCCGGCGACAGGCCUGCCAUAGACACAUGGUCUUCACAAGACGAUGAAGACCAUCGGGGCGCUCUAAGAUGGGACUUAAGCGUACCAAUGUUCAUUGAUGAAGACAAGUUCAUCGGCAUUAGCCCAGGCUUGAGAGAUGCACUGCGUGCUCUACGUCAUCCCACGAAAUGCAGAGUUUUAUGGGUAGAUCAGCUAUGCAUCGACCAGGGCAGUACAAAAGAGCGCGAGAUUCAAGUGAGAUAUAUGAGCCACGUCUACAGCAAAUCACAAAGAGUGGUUCUAUGGGUAGGAGAAGAAGAGCCGAACACAGAUGCCGCCUUUAGAAUUCUUCAAGCCCUCGGCAACUAUCUCACAAAGGUUCCGAAACCACCGACGCCAAAUUUACGAAACCUGAGCCAGAUCCCUGAUCUUGCAGACGUACCGGAUCUAUCCGCGGACUCCGUUGCGUGGAGGGCCGUCUACGAAAUGUUUAAUAGACCUGUCUUUCAAAGAGGCUGGGUCAUCCAAGAAGUCACACGGGGCUUAGAAGUUCUUAUUAAGUGCGGUCGACAUGAGAUUCCGUGGGCGAAAAUGAUGGCUGUUGUUUACACUCUUUCUCUUUCCCAGUCUCUGUCUCUUUUCUUAGACAAGAGAAGAGGAGUGACAAUAGAUACUGCGCCUAGACCCUAUCUACUCAUGAGCUUGGACAAAGCUCGGAUGAACUUCUGGUGGAAUGAAUUAGACGUGAAAUUGUUCACUUGUCUACAUGCGACAAAGCCGUUCAUGACAUCUGUCCCUCAUGACAAGAUAUAUAGUCUGAUUGGACUUCGAGAACCUGCUUUCGACAUUCAACCAAAUUACGAGCAGCCUAUUAUGGAGGUUUGCAUAGAAACAACAAAAUGGGUUCUGGCUAACGAAGGGAAUUUUUCCAUUUGCGUCCUAAAUCAACGCGAUGGGCAAUACGAUUUACAUAAAUCAGUGUGGCCAUCGUGGGUGCCCAACUUCGCAGAUCCAUUACCCGUGCCCUUGAGUUUAGCCUACGGACGCAGAUGCGGUGCAUAUAGGGCUGCUGGUGACUCCGUGGCCUCUGUUUCCUGGCCAGUGAAUGAGAAACCAAAUACCAUGGAGGUUUUAUCUUAUGAAUGCGGCACUAUCGAUGCUGUUGCAGAGAUUGUACCUGCAGAUUUCGGCUUUCUUGGGAGACUAACUAACUGGGCGUUGCACGCCGAAAGGCUUGGGCCUCUCUACCAAGGAUCCAUGACUACCGCCGAAGCUUUUCUUCGAACUUGCUGUGUGAAUUGUUCAACAGACUCGUCUCCUAUCUCCGCCGUGGAGAUUUCGACCCUUGCGUCCUCGCUCUCGAGUUUCGUGGAUGGGGCCGCGGCUGAUGAGCGAACGGUGGAAAGGUUUCACACUCCAUUCUUCCUCAGUAUGGCUAAGAUCGGAAAGACGGAACUAAAAGUUAGGAAUACGACGAAGGAGAAUCCCGCAGAAAACUCUGCGUUGACGAACGUCGCUACGGUAACUGGACGGAGGACCCUGUUUACCACCAGCAAUGGUUAUCUUGGGCUUGGGCCAUCAUAUAUGGCCCCGGGAGAUGCUGUCUACGUUAUUUCUGGAGGCUGCACACCUUUCAUCCUCCGGGAGCGGCCUAGUGGCAUUGCGCCCUCUGGCAAUGAUACACCCGACGCUAAGCUGGAGUACUCUUUAAUAGGGGAGGCAUAUGUUCAUGGACUAAUGUAUGGAGAAGUCAUGGAACGUGAGGGGAUGGAAUGGGCAAGCACAAGAAUUGCAUAA